AUGGCGAAUGUGAGGAAUGCAUUUUUGGAUUAUAUGGACUGUAUUCUGGAAAGGGAAAAGGUCGCGUCGCUCAAACGUCGAUAUAAUACUCCAAAUCUCCGAAUCCUGUUUCGAAUAAACUGGAUCGCGAUACUGACCGUAACGGCGUCGAUAUUAUUCUGUCAAUUCGCAGAAUCUGUUGCUGAACGACAAGCAUCGAAUUCACAUGGACGAAAGCAUUACGGUCAACAUUGCUUGAACCAUCGUAGUAGCCUGCGAAGGUCGAUGGCAUCAGCCAGUCAUACCUUACAAAGCAUUGCCGAUGAUCCGGCUAUCACGUCGCAGGAUAUUUUAUCGCGUUUGGAGGCCGCCGCAGUUUUACGAGACAAUCUGGUAACGGCGUUGGGCCGCGUGCUUCUGCUCUGUCUCGAUGAUCACGCGAGAGUACCUCUCGAGCUCGUCCACGACGCCGUACGAAAUCGUCGGGUCGCCAUCUACGAGCUGCUGCCCAUCUUGCCGGCGCUGAGAAACAAGUUGCCGAAGCAACAGCUGUACAAACUCCUGCAAAUGCUGGAGAGAAUUGACAAUCGCUUCGUCUCCGAAUAUGCGUCGCUCUGUAUAAACAUUUUUCACGACAUCAGUGCCGUCAUAGAACAAGCGCCGCUCACCGACAUGCUGUGGAAAGUGAACUCGGAAACGAUAAAGUCGAUUUCGCACGAUAAGCACAGACCUCUAUCCUUGAUAAAGGACGUUGACUCUGUGUUGCGAGCGGCUCGCAAUGAUGUUAGAACGCUGAAUCUGCGCGUGGUGUCCGCGAUAUUAAUGAAUUAUCCGGCAUUCGAUCUAACGGAUCCAGAGAUCCUCGACGCUGUCAGUUUUGUCGCGCAGCGAAUGAGGGAGCGUUCGCGCGCCGAGGAUCCUCUGUUGUGGAACAUAGAACCAAGUCUGGAGAACGCGAUGGAUUUUCUGAGGGCCGUCCUCGAACGCCUGGAGGUGGACGAAUUGUCGUCCAGGGCAACCCGGGAAGCAAUCUCGCUGUUGCUUCAGAAUCUCGGCGCGGAGCCUUAUGCGCUCGCUUCCACGUGGAAGGACAAACAGAAAAUGCUCUCGACGAUUACGAACAAUUAUUACCCGAUUAACGUUACUGCCGUGGCGAAAUAUCUCGCAAAUCAUCUUGAUGACUCGCAUUUUCGAGAUCUCGAUAUUGGCUUCUACGAAACGGGCGAUCAAGCUCUUCUGCAAAUGUUGUCGCGUCUUCGUAGAAACUCGAAUCUACAACAUUUAAGUAAACCUCUGUCUUUGCUGACGUCCUUUGUCUCGCAAAAACUGGCAUAUAACGGCAAUUAUGCUUACACGGCGCCAAUUAAUCAAUAUGAGAUGAAUGACUAUCUGGACACUUUCGACACGCCGUGUUUGCAGCCGAACGUGAGCGACGCGAUGAGAACGUUACGUUCCCAUCUGUCCGACGAUCUGCCGUGGACCUAUGCCUUCGGAGAUAAACGGGCGAAUGAUGAUCCCAGGGAAUUGACGUUGCUCGCGCUGACUCGUUUGAGGAGCAUCCCGAUCAACAAGCCGCAAGCGAUCGUCAUCGACAAUUUCGUCUACAAAAGUCGCGCUGAGAGUCUGACUGGUAGACGGAGUCCGCUCUACGAUUCUGGUGUCAUCUUUCAGAGGGAUGAUUCGAUGGACGUGGAGGUCGAUUUUUUUUCUCUGCUGAUGCGCAUACCGAACGCCUUCAAGAGCGAGAAAUUCGCUCCCAUGCUGAAUUUCCUGUCCAAGCCGAAUAUCCUCGACAUCCUCGGCUAUCAAUUCAACAAGUUUGAGUACGAGACUCCCAGAAAUCUACUGUUAGCACUGCUGAAGAGGGCUUUGACGCUCGCUUCCGUGAAAUCCGAUGAGUCUCUAUCCAAGGCCCUCCAGAACGCUCGCAACUACCUCGAGGAGCCGCUACUGAUCAAUCUGUAUACCUCGGAGGAUCUACAACUCCUUCUAGAACAACUACCGGGUAUUGAAAGCGAUCCGCGAUAUUUACCGCUCAAAAUAUUCUUUAAGAAGAAGAGACUGUUCGCGUUUCUAUCGCCAAAUUUCAAUCUAGCUGGUGUGCACGCGCCAAGGGAGAGGCUCUUGUUAAUAUUACGAACGGUAAGCUUGAAAAUUGAGGGAGCAAGCGCAAGCUUCUCCGAGGCGCUGAUCUUCGCUCUUGACAACAUUGACGGACCACCGCUAAAGGUCAGAACUUUCGAUCGAGUCGACUUCGUCUACCUAGUUCAACAACUGUUGGUCAAUAAUACGCUGAAGAACGAAAUCUUGAAAUCAUCCGUAUAUAUGAACGUGGGUGACUGGAAUAUCUCCAUCAGCGGCACGCCUGAGAACAUCCUCGCCAGGGUUCUGAGCUAUCCCGUUAAAUAUAUCGCGUCGGAUGGGCAUCUGGCAAGUCUUGUAAAACAGGCGGUGAGCAUUCUAGAAGAGAAAGAUCAGAUUGACAUCGAGAUCCUGAAAAAGCGGACAUUAGAAGCGAUGCUGGAAUACCUGCCGAACAACACGUACGUAAAGCCUGUGAUUCUACUGCUGAAGAAAGCGAAUUUGAUGACGCUCGUACCGAGAUUAAAUCUGUCGAUAUUGGAAAAGGCCAGCCCACGCGACGCAUUGAUUAUGCUGCUGAGAUACUUGACCGAAUCUAGCGUAAUACGCACUGAGAAGCUGUUACUGAGACGCGUCCGAGCGGCGUUGAGUUCCUUGGACGGCAACGAACGUCCUCGUCAGACGUCGAUUUACGCUUACCUGAUCCAAUCGUUGCAGGAUCCGAGCAACGUUGUUUACAAGCCACUUUUGCAAGAAGUAAACGAAUUACGAAACGUGACAGUUUCGUCCGACAAACGACAAGCUUGGCUGCAAAGUUAUUUCGAGGAGAUUGUCGCUAAAAAUAAAAUGAAGAACCUGACGGAAGCCGCGUUGAUGGCGUUGAAAGAAAUCAGAUACGACGAAUAUCCGGAUGAGGAGACGCGUGCCAGUAAGGCGCGGAUCAAUGAAGCUUUGUCGUUCCUGCCCGUCGAUUCUUUCGCCAAACCACUACGGAAACUACUGACGCCAGAGUGGGUGUAUAGUGUUUUGCCGGAGGAGUUUAAACACUCGGAUUCGCUGGAGAAGGAGGAAUUGUUGCUGGCGAUUUUGUAUCAUGCGAAACGUCGGACAGACAUUGCCGAUAACCCUGCUUUAACGAAAGUCAUCUCCAACGUCGAGACAAAAUUGAACGGAUGGAAAACAAAAGUCGAGAUGUUGAAGAGCGCCGUUGCCACUGCGAAAGCGGCCAUUUACGAUCCCGUGAGAGAUCUUCUGACUGCUUCGGGACUCAACAGACUCAGGGUCAUCGUGCCUCUCGCAAAAUCGGCCAAGUUAUCGCUGCUGGCAUUGUUGCGUCGUCUGCUACAGCAUCCUGUAAUCAAGCAAAACAACAAGGUGUUCGAAUUGUUGAGCGCUGUUAGACAGGACGUACUCGAUUUCGGGAUGGACGUGGACUUGCUGACCGUACUCGAUGACGUGGGAAUCGCUUACACCAACGAGCUGGCUCCUGUCAGACUGUUCCUGCAUAAUCAGGGACGAUACAACGAUAAAUUCGCCCGCACCGUCUUUCCGAUUGCAGAUCCCAAAGAGCGAUAUCGCACUUUGCUGGACAUCCUUUGGAAGCAAAACCAGAUAAACAACGACACGCGACUCCACGAUGCGCUCUUGAUACUGAGAAAUAUCGAACCCGUCGACAGAGAAUCCGCAGGUACGUUGAUCUCGGAUCUCGAAGAUGUAGUAAACUCUAUGCCGCAUCAAGUCAGACCACAAUUUAAGUUGAUCGAACAACUAUUCAACAUCGACCUUCUGUCCCGUUUCACUCAUGACAAUGAAAUCGUUGAAUCGAAGAUGCCGCUGACUCUUUUGUUAUCCAAGAUGUCGAGUUUGCCGGAGGUCCACCGUAAUCAUACCACAGCGCAUGAAUUGAAGAAAUUACAGUCCGAAAUCGAGAAGUUGGGCGAUCGUCCAAUCGUCACCGGUUAUCAGCUCAGACCAUUGCAACUGGAAUUGAAACAUGUUCAACAAACCAACGUAGACUAUCUCAAUUUCAUCAUAGAUCCUGAAGUAUUGAGUUAUUUAAAUCCAGAGGAAUUUUCCGACAUAUCCGACGAUAAUACCGAAAUACUCAGCACUAUCGUUGAUUAUCUGUUACACGAGGAAACAAUGUAUGUCGAUUACAACAUGCGGAAGCAUUUGCAGUCUUUGAAGCGUAUUCUGAUGUUGACGAUGGGCCCCAGCAAGACGUCCUCAAAGAGACAUUUGAGCAAAAAAGACUGGGAGAAGAUGCUGGUUCUGAUACCGCGCGAUAGAGAUUUUGCGCCCAUCAAGAUCUUCCUGCAGUCCGAAGAACUCUACAAGUACAUUCCCAAGGACACGAAUUGGAAAAUAUUUUCCACUCCGGUCAAGAAACUGCUUCAUCUGCUGUCGCUGAUCGAGAGCAGCGAUAUCGAGAACACAAAUGUCUAUAGCUCUGCGAACAAGUUGCGCGAAAAUCUCGAAAAACGUUUCAACUUCGUCACUGAGCGAGACGUUAAGAGCAUGCAUCAUGCCUUGACGAGUCUGAAGCUUAAGUAUGAUCUGGCUCCACUCAAGAUAUUCUUAAAUCAUGAUAAUCUGAUCAAGUAUCUGCCACCGGACUUUAACUACACUAAGUAUGGUGCAUCAAUCAAUGGCCUUGCUGCCGUCCUGGACAUUUGUUUGCAGUCGCCCAAUUUGAAACAAAGAAAGAUUCUCUACAAGACCAUGACUUUAGUGAGAGAAUCGAUACGUGAGAGAGCUGGCUCGGUGAGACGAUCGUCUCGCAGAACUUUUCACACACCAUCCGCCGAAGAUCUCGAUUUCAUCAAUCCUAUCGCUCCGUCGAAGAUACGCGAGUUUCUCAAGCCUGAGAAACUGCUAAAUCUAUUGCCGCAGUCGUUUACUUUGGACAAUCGACCGACGUUUAAGACGAAAGCGUUGCAUUUACUGCGACAACUAUUGCAACUGAAUAUUACGGACGUUCAUUUGGAAUUGGAAAAACUUGUCCGUGAAGUAGAGACAUAUCCCGACGUUCCGAACAUCACGCAGGAUGAUCUGGCGCCGCUCCUGAACAUACUUCCCGUCGAAGGAAUACCUCACGUUGAGCUCAUCAAGAAAUACCUGAGACCUCUGCCGUUGAUUAAGUUGUUGCCUGGAAAUAUCAUUAUAAAGCGAACGGAUAAUGCUAAAUUGGCGUUGCACAAUGUUCUGUCAUUGCUGAGCGCGACUGUUGGAUCCGCAAAGAACGACAAGCUAAAAACAGCCCUCGAUGCGCUUACGAGCGAAUCGGCAAAGAUUAGCUCCAACGUGAUACCAGAAGUGGCGUUAGUGAACAGCGAUGACAUAAGAUCUAUCAUAGAAGAGAUUCCAUUCGAGCAGUAUAAGCAGAUAGAGCCACUUAAGACUAAGAUGACGAUCAUAAAUGUCGUCUCAUCCUUGCCCAUGAAUUUCCAAUUGACCAAUUAUAAGACGAAGAAACUGCGUGUGUUAGCGGUUUUGAACGAGUUAUCUAAAAACAACGAAUUUAAACCCUGGUUACAUUCUGUCAAUUUCGCCAAAAGAAUCGUUAGCAAGAUGCCAAACAUACCCGUGGUGAAUGACAUGGAAAUCGAGAGGCUGAUACUGCCAUUGCCGUUGAGCGCCUUUUACGUGAAGCAGAUUAUAACAAACUGCAAGUUGGCUACAUUGAUGCCAUACCUGCCCAUUCAUUUCAAUCUUGCCAGCCUAGAAUCGCGAAAGAUGAAAAUCGCCAAGAUCCUGCACUAUUGCAAAGUGGCCAAUCCCACGAAUAUGAGUACGAAGCAAGCUUUGACUAACGCGGAGGCAACGUUAAAAUCGUUGCCCGACUUCGAUGUCACGUCGAAACACGUGGAAGUUCUGAUACGGUCGAUACCGUGCACUCGUUUCACUGUGAUAAAACCGCUUCUGCGAUUUCUGUCAGUGACGAAUAUCGCGUCGCUUCUCCCAUGGGAUCUCGACGUUUAUCGUACGUCACGUACCUUCAAGUUGCGCAUCCUCGAUCUGUUGGCUGCUCUGCGAAACAUCAAGGAGCUGCAGAACGGCGAGAUGUUCACCGCCCUCGAUUACUUGGAGACGAACACGAAAUCGUUGCCGGAGAAGGUAAAUGUUCCUCAGGAUCGUAUAACGGUUCUCAUAAACACCACGCAGAUCAUGGGUUCUGCGCCGUGCGUAACCUUCCGAGAUUUUAUAUCGAAGACCGACAAUCUGAUCCAAGUAUUGCCGCCGAAUUAUCGCUUUCAGACCAAUCCGGAGACCGUUCACAACGAAUGGGCGUUAAUUAUUUAUAUGUCGUCGUUGUUUCUGCGCGACGUGAAAAUGGACGGUGCUAUGAAAAAUGCCUUCAAGGCCUGUGUGGAUAAUAUGCAUAAUUUCGACAAGGAACAGCUUCACAAUCACAUAAUUACCGGAUUAAAUAGUAUGCCGUUCGAGCAGUUUGUACCGCUAAGGCUGUACACGCUAAGUCACGCAAACGCUCUGACUGCACCCAUCGAGGACGUUUAUCGGGGCGGUUUCCUCCAGGGAACAAUAUACACCAUGAUCCGAGUGACGAUGAGGGAAUUUAUCCGUAAACCGGAGCUGAUCGGGAGCAAAUCGGUAAUUGACGACAUGGAAGUGUUUCUGCACGAUUACGUGAUGUUGAAGAUUAAAGAAAAUCAGACGUAUCACGAGGAGCCGACACCAUACGAUAUCAAUCUGGCCAUUGACGAGAUCCCGAGCGAUCGCAAGUACGACGAUCUCAAAGUGCUCUUACGAUGUCAGGAGAUACAGACACCGAUCGUGCAGAGGAACUUGUCGGCGGACGACACGCCGAAACAGUUGCUCAUGGAGUUGCUAAAAGCGGCCGAGAACGGCGACAUAGACGAUAAGGUACGAAAGAGCAUCGAGAUCCUCAAGACGGAUGUCGCGCAUGGCAUUCGCGAGGAGGAAGUGGAGUACGCGUUGAAACAGCUGCGCGAUUACAGAUACCAUGCGAGCAAAUUGCAAACUAUCAGAAAGUAUCUCUUGCAAGUUGGAUUGCAGUCCGUUUUAAUGAAUGAUACAAAAAGCGACUUUCAUACGGCAUAUCCCACUUAUAAGCAGAGGCUGUACAUGUUGAACGAGCGUUUAUUGAAAGGUGUAUCCGGUCAACCGAACGACGGCGAGUUUCAAACCGAGUUGAAGUACCUGAAUCGUACUCUGCACAAUGAGACUAAGAUCGAUCGCAUAAUACCGCGAACGAUAGACGACGUCAAUGUGGAGUCGCUGUUCCUCGCGUUGCCGAAGACAAGGGACGAGAGACUCAUUCGCGGCAUCAUCAAGUUCUUUUCCGUUCCCGAUCUGCUGCGUCGACUGAACUUACCCAAAGAUCCGUUCGAGUACGUGACCAAGGGUCGACUUUUGGAGGCCAUCAUGGAUCUGGGCCAGGAGUUGGAGAGCGUGCAACAGGAUCCCGUACAGCAGGAGGCUCUCGAGUACUUCAGGGACAAAAUAAAAACUACGGGACCCGGCGCACAGCCGAUCGAGCUGAAGAAAGACGUAUUCGAUUCCAACGUAGACGUGGACACGUAUGGUCUGAUGCGCGCCAUCGAUUACACGAAGGUGAAAGAGAGCGACGCGGUGACCGUGGCGACGUUCCUCCACCGCAAGUACGACAGGCUCGUGCACGGAAUCGGUUUCAAUCACCUGGCGUAUGCGACGAGGGGCGCGUACCUGAAGGCGCUGUUCGAGCAUCUCGUUAAUAUUUCCCAAGCACCCGAUGACGUAAGGCAGCAGAUAAAGACGUUGAUACCGGCGGUGAGACUGAACGGUCCGGGAGAGGAGGGCGUCGAUCUCAACGUCGACGUCGUUCACGAGGAACCGACGCUGCACCUGAGGAUGUUCAGGGCUGAAACGCCGGUCGCUCGUUUUGGCACGGAGAUCGUCCCACGCGCUUUCCGGGAGGACAAGGAUUCGUUGAAGGCCGCCAUCUAUAACAUGCUCGAGACCAUACCAUCGUCCGAGGAGGAGAAUUCUACCGGUCAGAAUAACAUCUACAUAAGGGAUAAGACUCGCGUCGUCAGCGGCAUACUGCAACAUCCGUUCGAUGUCGCCCGACGAAGAUGGAAUUCGACGGAGGAUGCGGGGAAUCUCAAUUCGUCUCGACUUGAAGAGACGAGAAGACCAUUGAGCGAGCUCAGCACGAAGGUACCGAUCGUAAAUGACGCGAAAACGAAGGGGAAGGGAAACGAUCAAUCGACUGCGUCGUUGAUCGACGAUAUUUUCGAGAUCCCCGUCAAACACAAUAAGACGGUAAAAAAAGGCGGGACUCUUCAAUCGAAGAAUGACUCGAAUCGAAGAUCAAAUAAUCUCGGUUAUCUUAGCGGUGAAGAUGCCGACAGCUCGAUUAAAUCGCAAAAAAGGAUAGUUAAAUCUCUUUCGUCGCGGAAUUCGCUGUCCGAGGAACUGCCAAAGAAAUCACGAAAUCGAAAACAUCAUGAGUCGUUGCAAAGAAUUCUCCUCCAACCGGACACCAGUGUCGAGUACGAUGAUGUCGACGGAAACACGCCGAUUAUCAGGAUGCUCCGCGACAUGUUGCUGAGAAACGAAGAAAAUCUAUCUCUUAUAAAGGAGCUGAUGGAGGAGGAGACGAGAACCGGUGAAAAGACGAGAACCGUGAAGAAAGAUCUUAGUAGGCAUGCGAGGAAAGAGAAGAGAAACGAAAAGGAGGAAGAGAAGCAUGAGAGACGUAAGAUGGCGAUAUCGGACGUGGACAGUCGCAGUGAUACCUGCCGCGCAGGUGCAUCAGAUGCGAGACACCUGAGGCCGACAUUUAACCGUCUCAUCGGUAUCCCGCUCAAUUUAUCGAUGUCGCGUCCGAUCGACUUUAGACUCGAUAACGACCGUUUUCCCGGUGAUAUCUGA